AAUUUGUCAAGUCAUGUUCUUUAUUAUUAUUGCCACAAGAUAGUAAUGCUGUCGAUUACUACUAUCCUUCUUCCUACAAUGCAUACUGAAUAUUACUAGCACAAAGUUUAUUAUUAAAUUAAUAAUAGAAGCAAUACUACAUAGGUACAUAUGGACUACGAGUAUUACAGCAUAGAGUCCCGUACUUUAUGUGUAAUGAAUAUUUUCAAGUUGACUAUUUCCUAUCUAGUAACUUUACUAACAAGUGUACUUGUGAAGCGAAGGUUUUCCAUAUUAUUACCAUGGCCGAUUCUGUCUACUUCCAUGAAGACCGAGCCUGUUUGCAAGGUUUGACUUCAAUGGACAAUGGCAAGCAUAAACUAGAACCAGCAUUACAGGAAUUGAAGCGUUGAUUGCAGUAGGCCAUGUCUAUAAUCAUCGAUAACGCCCGGCGUUUGGACGCUGUUUUUGACAGACUCCAACAACAAACCACCGAGAAAUUACAUAUUGACCAUACGCCGAUAAAUCCCCUUGAUGCUGUUGAAGAUUCCGGAAUUCGAAGCAGACAAAGAAGUGACCUAGAAGGUAUCAUUUGUACGCUUUCAGUCACUACUGGAACCAAACUCUUGUUACGGGACGGACUAUUACGAUUGCUAUCCCGGUUUCCCUCGGCACAGCUCGAGCACCUUACAGAAUCUUCAGAUGUAUUAUUUUCUACAUUUGUAUCCGACCUUGCAUGGCUGGCCGCUGGCAAAGCUGCGGUACAGACACUAGGGUUGGUGAUGACCGAAUUUUUAGAACGAGCGCUUAUUCUGGAUGAUGAGAUCCGAUAUUGGGAUGGGAUCCUUCAAUCUUCCUGGUAUGCUAGCGCAUAUGCCGUGCAAACACUUCCCAUUAGGUGUUGGCGGGGAGCGAAGGAAAAAUACUCGAAUUGGACAAUCUCUGGGAACCAGACUCUUGGACUCGGAUGGACGCACUUUUACAAUAUAGUAGGGAGGUAUAUCAAGUUCGAGUCUAUGUGGUCAUUGCAGGCCAGAAUUUUGUCACCUUCUUGGAUGCUCAGGACGGAGGUGCGCCACCAUCAGAAAAAUUUGAAAGCAGUCAAGAGUAUCUACGCUACCAGUAUUGGAAUUCUAAUGGAAGAAUGCUUCUCAUUCGAAACUGCCGACGAUGUUCGGAACAAGAGUGCUUGUAUCCCUACUGAAGAGGAGUGGCGCUCUAUGAUAUCCCGGAGCGUUAUCGUGAUGGAAGCCAUCUUGCAGAAUGCAACGAGCCAAAAUGACAAUUUGGAUUUUGAGACUCGGGUGUUUGCGACUGUUGAGAGAAAAGCCGAUGGCAUAUAUAGGCAGCUGAACGGACAAUCGUCGAUUCAAGAACCUACGUUUGUCAUCGGUCAGCUGGUUCAUAUUCUACAAGAGUGCCUGCCAAAUUGCACAGCGUCGUCAGUGGCCGCAAUCGGCGAACAUGGUCGUCCGUCAUGGUUUGUUCGUUACUGGUUGCCAUUCUUGGUAGCAAUACUUUCGACUAGCACGUCUCUGAAGGUAUUGACGAAGAAAAGCACUGAUCUCAUUCGCUGGGCUGCCGAUGUUGCGUCAACAGCUGUCGAUUUUGGAGGAAACUGGGUGAUUGAGCCUAUUCAAAAACUGGUCAAGACUAUUAGGCACGACGAAAACAGCGAAAUCGCGAUAAUUAGCAAAGGUAGUCUUGAGGCUGAUCGGGCAAGUCUAGAAAGAAUGGUGGUUGAAUUCGUCCAGGAUCAUCCUGAUCUCAGUGAAGGACACUCGAUGAGAUCAGAUACCGAAGCCAUCGCGAACAAGGUAAAAGAAGGAGACCUGACGCCUGUGCUGAAGGCAUAUGAAAGAGAUUUGCGAACACCGUUUGCGGGAACUAUCCGGGGCGAUUUAAUCCGCGCUCUUUUGAUUCAGAUUCAAAAGACAAAAGUUGAUAUUGAAAUAGCAAUGAGUGGAAUUGAUGCUAUUUUGAAAAGCCAGGAACUUGUUUUUGGUUUCGUUGGCCUGACCCCCGGAAUCUUGGUUUCAUACGCAGCUUUCAGCUGGCUCUGGGGUCUCUUUGAUAGCAGAAAAGGGCUGCGUAUUGGUAGGAAGCGGGAUGAUUUGCGACGUGCUCUGCGGUAUUUCAUAUGAGUGACAAACUCGGUUUCGAAGCUAAUUUCUUCAUACAGAAAAGUUAGUCGAACCUUAACAUCUUCAUCUCCAAGUGCGAAUGGGAUUCUCUCCUAUGAGGACCAUGGAGUACUUAUAUGCGAGGCAGAGCUGUUGCUUCAAAGGGCCAGAUUCAGUUUGAAUGAACCGCAGUACCGCGAAUUUCAGGAAGAUAUCAGAGAUCUUAUGGAUUUCCGACAGGGCAUUGAUAGACAACUGAAAGUUGUUGAACGUAUAAGGUGGGCGUACUCUAGGUAUUCUUGACGAUGACAAAUGGUAUUUCGAAGGUUGUUUCCGCUCGACCUGGCCAAUUCUAGCUGUGAUUGAUGGUGCUCGCAUCCGGGCCCAUGAAUUACUGGAGAAGGCCAAAAGCCCAUUAGACUUAACGGGAUAUAUUUCACCUCCGACGCUUACAUUGGGUUGUUAGGAUGGCAACCGGCCCUGCCUUCUGAUAGUAUACAGCCCUAUUCGUGAGACCACCAUUGAGGUGCAGCCAAGAACUUUACUAAACUAGAUGCUAGGAAUUCGAUCCAGUGACCAUAGAUAAAGUGUAUACAGG